AGAUUUUCACAAUAGCCGGCAGUGAAGUCCACGCGCUGCGAUACAGUGCGAUUAGUUCUUAGGCUUUUCCCUCCGCCGGACCACCGCAACAGGCAUGCACCUUCCUGAUCAAGCUUUCAUGUGAUAUUGCUGCUGUGGAGUUUGUGGAUCUUUCUCUAAAUGGGUAAUUUUCGUAGAGGAGAAGGAGGUGGAGGUUCCUCUGGUCAUGACAGGAAUGAACAUAUGGUGUUCCCAAAACCAGAGACCAUAGAUUUCGACUUGCCCUGCGACACUUCUUAUCCUCAGCAGUUUGGUGACAAUGCUGCUAGUUCUUCUGGAAGUAAUGUGAAGUCAUUGCUGAUUGAGAUGGGUUUUUGCCCUACUCUUGUUCAGAAAGCUAUUGAUGAAAAUGGUGAAGAUGAUCUUGAGUUGUUAUUAGAGAUUCUCACUAAGAGUUCUGUAACUGAACAUCCUGAACCCAGCUUUCAUGGACUAAUGGAACCCAAACCGGAGCCUGAUACUGAAUAUGAAGCCGAUGGCAAAAGGAUGGCGUUACUAGGAAUGAAGUUCCCGGAAAAUCUAGUUGAUUUUGCACUAGACAGACUUGGUAAAGACGCUCAAAUUGAUGUGAUGGUGGACUUCAUUGUUGCUGCUCAACUAGCAGAAAAGUUUGCAGAAGAGUCUGAUGAAUCGCUUGAUGACACUGAAAUCAAUGAAGACGAUGAAGAUGUCAUUCCAGUUGCUUCCAGAGGACCUGAGGUUCCCAAUGAAGUAUUGUUUGAAACAAUGGACAAAACUUUGCAUCUACUGGAAAUGGGAUUCUCUAACCAUGAAAUCUCAAUAGCAAUUGAGAAGAUAGGUACGGAAGGUCAAAUUUCUGACCUCGCUGAGACAAUUGUUACUGGUGAAGCUCCUGGUCUCAUUCCUAAUGACCUUGAAGAAAUAGAAAAAAAAGUUUCAGCGGCUCCUGCAGCUACAUGUCUUUCAAAGAGUUGGAGAUUUCUUGGUGUUGGUGCAGAGAAAGUAGACAGUGGUAGAGGUUCCUCAAGUGGCACUGCUGAUAUAAAACCAGAUCCUAGUACUGACCCUCUUCCUUUCUCCACCACUGCCAAUGUGGGAGAGACCUCAAGGGGUAAAAGACUAAAAGAUGAAGAUGACAAUGCCUUUCUAGACGAAUUUUCUGACUUCGAUGACAGAGGCAAAAGGCCAAGACCCGAAUAUAUGGAAACCCCUUGGAUGCAAGAUGAUAAAGAUAACACAUAUGGAUUCUCAAGGGCAAUGCAGCCACGUUUAUCCCAAACGCUUAGCCCCGAUGUAGCAACACGACCUUAUUUCUUCUACGGAAACCUAAGUGAAAUCUCUCCAAGGUGGUGUUCUAAGAUCUCGGGUUACUUGUUCGGAAUCCACCCUGAGCAUGUAGAUACUCGGUUGUGUUCAGCUCUCCGCAGGACAGAAGGGUACGUGCACAAUCUUCCCGUUGAAAACAGGUUCAACAUCCUCCCAACGCCAAGGUUAACUGUACAAGACGCAAUGCCACACAUGAAGAGCUGGUGGCCACAAUGGGAUGUGAGAAAGCAUCUGAGUAGCGUUGCAUGUUCUGAUUUAGAUUAUGCAACUACUCUUUGUGAAAGACUUGGACGUCGUCUAGCUGAAUGCAAGGGAAAGCCAUCUCAGCAAGACCAGACUAUAAUACUCCGACACUGUCACACCUCUAAUCUUAUCUGGAUUGCUCCCAACAUCCUCUCACCUGUAGAGCCUGAGCAUCUAGAGUGCAUCAUGGGAUACCCAACAAACCACACCAAGAUCGGUGGUGCGAGAUAUGCUGAGAGGUUGAAGCUGUUUGAGUUCUGUUUCCAGACAGACACAUUGGGUUACCAUCUCUCUGUGCUCAAGUCCUUGUUUCCUGAAGGGUUAACAGUUUUAUCGCUCUUUAGCGGGAUCGGUGGUGCGGAGAUCACGUUAAACCGCCUUGGAAUCCAUCUCAAAAACGUGGUCUCUGUUGAGCACUGUGGACUGAGCCGUAACAUACUGAAACGAUGGUGGCAGAGUUCAGGACAAACCGGAGAGCUUGUGCAGAUCGAAGCGAUUAGGAGCUUAAGUACAAAUAAGCUUGAGGCUUUGGUGGAGAGAUUCGGUGGGUUCGACUUUGUCAUUUGUCAGAACCCACCAAUACCACCUGAUCUGUCGAAAGAAACCGGGAGUAACGAAGCUCGUGAUUUUGAUUACUCUUUGUUUAAUGAGUUUGUUCGAGUCACAAAACGUGUCAUACAUGUCAUGGCGUCAAGCUGAGCAAGUGCCUUUACGUCCUCGGCAACAUGGAGGGUUUGAGACUUGUCUCAUCGCAAAGUUAGUAGUAUCCAUGGUUUUGUAUCAUCUAGACAAGUGUGUUUUGAAACUGACGCUUUUGUUGCGUCCCCUCUGUAUGUUGCAUAAUCCGACCGCGGACUUUUUGUCUUUUUUUCUUCGUCCUGCUGUGCUAUUUCUUGGAAUGGUAAUCAAGAAACCGAAUGUUGUUGUAUCUUAUUUUUUAGUUAUGUAUCAUAUUAAGCGCCUUUGUGUGAGCUCUA